AUGGGUUCUACCGCUGCUGGAGCCGAAUCGUCGUCUUCUUCUCCCAUUUUCAAUUGGAGUUAUGAUGUGUUUUUGAGUUUUAGAGGAGAAGAUACUCGCUCCAAUUUCACCGGUCAUCUUUACAUGUUCUUGCGUCAAAAGGGUGUCAAUGUUUUCAUAGAUGACGGGCUCGAAAGGGGUGAGCAAAUUUCUGAAACCCUUUUCAAAACUAUACAGAAUUCUUUGAUUUCUAUUGUUAUAUUCUCUGAAAAUUAUGCAUCUUCUACGUGGUGUUUGGAUGAAUUGGUGGAAAUAAUGGAGUGUAAGAAAUCAAAGGGCCAAAAGGUUUUGCCAAUUUUCUACAAGGUAGAUCCUUCGGAUGUACGAAAACAAAAUGGUUGGUUUAGAGAAGGAUUGGCCAAACAUGAGGCUAAUUUCAUGGAGAAGAUUCCAAUAUGGAGGGAUGCUUUAACUACUGCUGCCAACUUAUCUGGUUGGCAUCUGGGAGCAAGAAAGGAGGCUCAUCUUAUUCAAGACAUUGUUAAAGAAGUGUUGUCUAUAUUAAAUCACACCAAGCCCUUAAACGCAAACGAGCAUCUAGUUGGAAUUGAUUCCAAAAUAGAAUUCCUUUAUCGGAAAGAAGAAAUGUACAAGUCUGAAUGUGUUAACAUGUUGGGGAUAUAUGGCAUUGGAGGCAUUGGUAAAACAACUUUGGCUAAAGCUUUAUACGACAAAAUGGCUAGUCAAUUUGAAGGUUGCUGCUAUCUACGAGAUGUUAGAGAAGCUUCAAAGUUAUUCGAUGGCCUUACUCAACUACAGAAAAAGCUACUUUUUCAGAUCUUAAAGUAUGAUUUGGAGGUUGUCGAUCUUGACUGGGGAAUUAAUAUCAUAAAGAAUAGACUGCGUUCAAAGAAAGUUCUUAUACUUCUUGAUGAUGUGGAUAAGCUCGAGCAAUUACAAGCAUUGGUUGGUGGGCAUGAUUGGUUUGGUCAGGGUACUAAAAUCAUUGUGACGACUAGAAAUAAACAAUUACUUGUUAGCCAUGGAUUUGAUAAAAUGUACGAAGUUCAAGGAUUGAGUAAACAUGAAGCUAUUGAGCUUUUUCGUCGGCACGCUUUUAAAAAUCUUCAACCAUCGAGUAAUUAUUUAGACCUUUCAGAGCGUGCUACAAGGUAUUGUACAGGCCAUCCUUUGGCUCUCAUUGUUUUGGGUUCUUUCCUUUGUGACAGAUCAGAUCUAGCAGAAUGGAGUGGUAUAUUAGAUGGAUUUGAAAACUCUUUGAGAAAAGAUAUUAAAGAUAUUCUUCAAUUAAGUUUUGAUGGGCUCGAAGACCAAAUGGGUCAUAAAAUAGUUCAUGACGAAUCUCAUGAUCAGCCUGGAAAAAGGAGUAGAUUAUGGUUGGAGAAGGACAUUUUGGAGGUGUUUAGUAACAAUUCAGGAAGCGAUGCAGUGAAAGCCAUAAAGUUAGUAUUAACUGAUCCCAAAAGGGUCAUAGAUUUGGAUCCAGAAGCAUUUAGAAGCAUGAAAAAUUUGAGAAUACUUAUGGUCGAUGGAAAUGUAAGGUUUUGUAAAAAGAUUAAGUAUCUACCAAAUGGGUUAAAGUGGAUAAAGUGGCAUAGAUUUGCUCAUCCAUCUUUACCCUCAUGCUUUAUUACAAAAGAUCUUGUUGGACUGGAUUUGCAACAUAGCUUCAUCACAAAUUUUGGAAAAGGACUUCAGAAUUGUAUGAGGUUGAAGUUGCUUGAUCUUAGACACUCAGUUAUUUUAAAGAAAAUUUCUGAGUCCUCUGCAGCACCAAACCUUGAAGAAUUGUAUCUUAGCAACUGCUCAAAUUUAAAAACGAUUCCCAAGUCAUUUCUUUCUCUUCGUAAGCUUGUUACCCUGGACCUCCAUCAUUGUGUAAACCUUAAAAAGAUUCCAAGAAGCUACAUUUCAUGGGAGGCUCUUGAAGAUUUAGAUCUUUCUCACUGCAAAAAGCUUGAGAAAAUUCCUGACAUCUCUUCCGCAUCAAACCUUAGAAGCUUGUCCUUCGAACAAUGCACAAAUUUAGUAAUGAUUCAUGAUUCUAUUGGAUCUCUGACUAAGCUUGUUACCUUGAAACUUCAAAACUGCAGUAACCUUAAAAAGCUUCCAAGCUACCUCAAGUUAAAGUCUCUUCAAAAUUUAACACUCUCUGGUUGCUGUAAGCUCGAAACGUUUCCAGAAAUUGAUGAAAACAUGAAAUCCUUAUACAUAUUGCGCUUGGAUUCUACUGCCAUAAGGGAGCUACCUCCGUCAAUUGGAUACCUUACUCAUCUUUAUAUGUUUGAUCUUAAAGGUUGCACAAACCUCAUCUCCCUUCCUUGUACAACUCAUUUGUUAAAGAGUCUUGGCGAGCUUCAUCUUUCUGGGUCUUCUAGGUUUGAAAUGUUUUCCUACAUAUGGGACCCAACCAUCAACCCAGUAUGCUCUUCUUCAAAAAUUAUGGAAACUUCAUUGACUUCCGAGUUUUUCCAUUCACGAGUUCCAAAAGAAAGCUUAUGUUUCAAACACUUCACAUUGUUGGAUCUUGAAGGUUGCAAUAUAUCAAAUGUUGAUUUUUUGGAAAUUUUAUGUAAUGUAGCAUCUUCCUUAUCUAGUAUACUCUUGUCGGAAAACAACUUCUCUAGUCUACCUUCAUGUCUCCAUAAGUUUAUGUCCUUGCGGAAUCUCGAAUUAAGGAAUUGCAAGUUUCUUCAAGAAAUUCCAAACCUCCCUCUGUGUAUACAAAGAGUAGAUGCCACUGGUUGCGUAUCGUUGAGUAGAAGUCCAAACAACAUUCUGGACAUAAUAUCAAGCCAGCAGGAUCGUCCUCGUGGCAUAAGGGAGUUCGUUCUAAUGAAUAAUGGGAUUCCAGAAUGGUUUAGCUAUCAGAUUGCAUCAAAUGCAAUAAUGGUUACUUUUCAACACAAUCGCGAUACAAAAAUAACUUUGGCUACAUCUGUUACUUUCCGAGUGGAUGGAGAUUCAGAUCAAGGAAUGGCCUUAGUUUCAUGUAACAUACUCAUCGGCUGUAGACUCGACCGUCGUUAUAUGAGAAAAUUUCCAAAAUCAGCAUCAGAAUAUACAUGGUUAGUAGAAACUUCUGCAACAUAUCGUAGGAGCUCCUUGGAAAUGAAUGAUUGGAAUGAUGUUAUAGUCUGGUUUGAGGCUGUGAAAUGUGCUGAGGUCGUAACUAUAAGAAGGUGUGGUGUCUAUUUCACUGAAAAGGUCUCUGGGAUGCAAAAUGAUGUCAAGGAGCCAAGGGCAAUUUACACAUAUUUUAAUCAACCGGAAAAAUUGCGCCCGAGAUGGUGAGUGAGAUUACUAAUUGUUUUAACAAAGGCUUGAUUAGUUGUCCUGUUCUAGAAAGUUUUGA